UAAAAGCUGUGACUGCGCUCCGACCAUCAGAUCAGCGCUCGGGAAGUAGCGGAGACAAACUUCAGGGCAAACUUGUCAUUUUAAGGUUGCUUGAAGGACGGAAAAAAGAAGAAAAAAACCAGCUCCUCUCAACCUCCUCCCCCUCCCUGCCAACCCAUCUUUCCUCUGAAGGAGAAGGGGUAGUCAGUAUGUGCUGCAGACGAGGAAGGGUGGCUGAAAGCAACACAGAAGUUUUUACAAAGAUCUGAGAAGAUUCAGUUCUUCAUAGAGCUUCACAACAAGGACUAUUUUCCAUCUUCAACGUUUCCCAGAGAUCGACUGGAUAGCUGAGUGGAGGUCAGACAGCAAUCUGUGAAUAUGUCGCCGUUCCUGCGGAUUGGAUUCUCCAACUUUGAGAUCGAUCCUGGUCUGGCCUACUAUGAAGAGGUGCUGAACCCGUACUGUGCUGUGUACAUGAAGGAGGCCGUUGACACAGAGAAGGGCCAAGUGUACAAGCAAAAGAAGCCCACCAUGUACCCACCAUGGAGCACUACAUUCGAUGCCCACAUUCACCGUGGACGCAUCAUGCAUGUGAUGGUAAAGGACCGGACGGCAGAGCUGAAGUCUGAAGCCAUGGUGGCUCUGGACUCACUAGCAACACGCUGCAAGAAGGAGAACGGAAAGCUGGAGAUUUGGUUGGAUCUGAAACCGCAGGGUCGUCUUCUGAUGGAGGCCAGAUACUUUCUGGAGAAAAGCGAUGCUGCAGGUCAGAGUGACCCUGACCCGGAGAGAGAGGGUCUGUUCACCCUCCACCAGCGACGUGGUGCCAUCAAACAGGCCAAAGUUCAUGUUGUCAAAUGUCACGAAUUCAGUGCCACUUUCUUCCCACAGCCGACUUUCUGCUCCGUCUGCAAAGAGUUUGUCUGGGGUCUUAAUAAGCAGGGCUACCAGUGCAGACAGUGCAAUGCAGCUAUCCAUAAAAAAUGCAUAGACAAAGUUAUAGCCAAGUGCACUGGUUCAGCCAUAAACAGCAAAGAAACAAUGAUCCACAAGGAACGCUUCAAGAUCGACAUGCCCCACAGGUUUAAAGUCUACAACUACAAAAGUCCCACCUUCUGUGAACACUGUGGGACUCUGCUGUGGGGCCUAGCCAGGCAGGGCCUCAAAUGUGAGGAAUGUGGCAUGAAUGUCCACCACAAAUGCCAGAAGAAGGUAGCCAACCUGUGUGGGGUCAACCAAAAACUGAUGGCUGAAGCUCUGGCCAUGAUCGGGAGCAAACAGCAGGCAAAAAGCUCCAGAGACUCUGAAAUUAUUGGUCGUGAAGGACCAGUUGGCAUCGGCCAGCCAGGAGUGGUCCGAGCGCCGUCUGGGUUAAUUAUGGGUUUACCUGCCACAGCGACGCCAGCAAACAGAGAUGUGCAGGGCAUUUCAUGGGAGGGACCAGCAGAUGUUGGCAGGCUGAGCACUGAAAUCCCAAGAGAAGAACCUCUGUACGCCGUUCCGAAGAAGGAUCAUCAACCUAAAUUUGUUAUUGAGGACUUUGUCCUGCACAAGAUGCUUGGGAAAGGCAGCUUCGGAAAGGUGUUCCUUGCUGAGUUGAAAAAGACUGGACAGUUUUUUGCUGUGAAGGCUCUUAAGAAAGACGUGGUCCUGAUGGACGAUGAUGUUGAAUGCACCAUGGUGGAGAGGAGGGUGCUGUUUUUGGCCUGGGAAAACCCUUUCCUCACGCACCUUUACUGCACUUUUCAGACCAAGGAAAACCUGUUCUUUGUGAUGGAGUAUCUGAAUGGAGGUGAUCUCAUGUUCCACAUCCAAAACUGCCACAAAUUUGACUUAUAUAGAACCACCUUUUAUGCAGCUGAGAUCAUCUGUGGGCUUCAGUUCUUGCACUCUAAAGGAGUAAUUUACAGGGACCUGAAGCUGGAUAAUGUACUGCUAGAUUCAGACGGUCACAUAAAGAUUGCAGAUUUUGGUAUGUGUAAGGAGAACAUGCUGGAUGACUCGCGGACUGCAACCUUCUGUGGAACCCCCGACUACAUCGCUCCUGAGAUUCUACUGGGUCAGAAGUACAACAACUGUGUAGACUGGUGGUCGUUCGGGGUGCUCCUAUAUGAGAUGCUGAUUGGUCAGUCUCCGUUUCACGGCCGAGACGAAGAAGAGCUGUUUCAGUCCAUACGAACAGACACCCCUGUUUAUCCCAAAUGGCUCGCCUUCGAUGCCAAAGAUAUACUAGAGCAGCUGUUUGUGAGGGAACCCGAGGAGCGCCUGGGAAUGAAGGGCAACAUCAGGCAGCACAGCUUUUUCAGCAGCAUCGACUGGAAUGCCCUGGAGCGACGAGAAGUUACACCGCCCUUCAGACCAACUUUAAUGUCACCAAGCGACUGCAGCAAUUUUGACAAAGAGUUCAUCAAUGAGAAGCCGAGACUAUCAUGUGCAGACCGCACACUCAUCAACAGCGUUGACCAGUCCAUGUUCAAAAACUUCUCCUUCGUUAACCCUGGGAUGGCUCGUAUCACAGCACGUUGACCAAAAACCAAUAAACUGCUUACUCCUUCACAACCAGCACUGACUGCAACUAGAAAUAAAUAAGAACUUUAUCUUGUGGAUGUCGCCUGACUCAAUUGGAUCCACAGACAGAUGAUGAAACCACUGAGAGGGUCUCCCGAGUCUACAACACCCACAAUGCAACUGUGACUGUAUAUUUUUUACUUUGAAAGAAGAAACAAAUCUUUAAAAAGCAGACAAAACGCAUGAAUGAAAUAAGUGACAAUUAUGUUCUAAAAUCUAUUUUUAAAGAAUUAAAUCAAGAAGCCAUUUGUUUUUAUGUGUAUGUUUUUUGUUUAGCGUUUUUCCAAAAAUGUCAAAAGGAAAAUGGAGAAAAAUGUAUUCUGCCUCCAUUUGGUUUUGUGCUUUUUAAGUUUGUAAUCCCAUACUGAUAUUGAAUUUGUGCCACCUCAUUAUAAAUUAAGUUCACAUCUUCAAGUAAAUCAAACUGUGACUUCGUUUUACUACGAAACUGGUGAAUUUAGGUUAAAAAUAUUUUUUGUGUGUAAAUAACUAUCUGAUUUUGUUAAUAUACUGCACUAUAGUUGAUAAAUUCUGUUAACACUUCAGGAUUAUUGUUUACAUGUUUCAGUGUCGUCUCGGGAGUUUUAAUGGUGAUCUAAAUAAGUCAAACAUAGAUUCUUGCAUAUUGUAGACUUUACUGUGACUUUCGUUGUGGAAACUGUAAAAUAAAGUGUAUGUGGUGUUUGUUUAA